AUGAGCGAGACGGAGAACUUUGACGUUACGCUGACCAAGUACAAGACUGCUGGUGAGAUUGCCUCCAAGGCGAUUCGCACCGUUGUCGAGGCGGUUGCCGAGGGCAAGACCAUCCUCGAGCUGAUCGAACUCGGUGACAAGGCCGUGGAGGAGGGCGCCGCUGCCGUCUACAAGGACAAGAAGCUGUCCAAGGGCUCGGCCUUCCCCACCACGAUCUCGAUCAACAAUGUGGUGUGCAACUACGCUCCCCUGCCGAGCGACGAGGCCUCCAAGACUGCGCUCAAGGCCAACGAUGUGGUCAAGGUGCAGCUUGGUGCGCAGAUCGACGGCUUCCCCGCGGUCCUUGCCGAGACCGUGGUGGUGGGCGCCUCGGAUGCCCAGCCCGUGACCGGCCGCACUGCCGAUGCGCUCCAGGCUGCGCACGUCGCCGCUGACGUCGCCAUCCGCCUGAUGAAGCCGGGUGCGCUGAACCACGACAUUCAGAAGCAGGUUGAGACUGCGAUCAAGGAGUUUGACGUGCGCGGUCUUGACGGCAUCCAGACCAACCUCUUUGGCAAGGACGAGAUUGCCGGCAAGAAGAAGAUUGCAUUCGGUGGCGACGCCUCGUCGCGCCCCGACGCCUGCAAGCUGGAGGAGAACGAGGUGUACGGUGUGGACAUUGUCGUGACCACCAGCCCCGAGGGCAAGAGCAAGUCAGACGACGCGCACACUUCGAUCUACCGCAAGACCACUUCGACCUACCUGCUGAAGAUGGCCACCUCGCGCAAGGUCUACUCGGAGAUCCAAAAGAAGGCCGGUGCCUUCCCGUUCAACCUGCGUGCGCUUGAGGACGAGAAGCGCGCCCGCAUGGGUGUGCAGGAGUGCGCGAACCACAACCUUGUGACGCCCUUCCAGGUGCUCGUCGACUCGAGCGCCUCGGCGAUCACUACGCAGAUUUUCUUCACGGUGGCGGUGAAUGCCAAGGGCGCGAUCCGCCUCACCCCUGCCCCGACGUGGUACACCCCCGAAAAGGUCAAGAGCGAGAAGCAGGUGGCCGACGAGGAGAUCAAGGCGCUGCUUGCUACGGCAGUCCGGCAAACGAAGAAGAAGAACAAGAAGGAGGCCGCGCCGGCGCCCGCCGAGUCCGCCUAA